AGCAGCAGGAGAGGGAAGAGCCGCGGAUCUCUCAGACAGCGUCAUUAGGCUUUUAUUUUCAUCUUUCUUUAACGUCUCGGCCUGGAGGCUGGUGUGAAAUAACACAAGAGGAUCUGAUCUUCAAAAUAACCGAAUAAAUCUUCCCUGAUGUGGAUUUAUCUUCUAAAUAUAUGGAUAAAUAUCAUUGGUUUAAUAUUUAACGGGAAUCUACAGAGGAGAUCAAGAAAGGAGCCGACGGUCCCAGUCGAUCACCGGGGACCCGCACCUGUCCAGUCCGCCCAGAGUCCGGUCUCCCCUCGCUGCUUCUAGCAUGAUGUCUUACCUCAAACAGGCCCCGUACGGCAUGAGCGGGCUGGGCCUGAGCGGAGCCGCCAUGGACCUGCUGCACCCGUCCGUGGGCUAUCCCGCCAACCCUCGAAAGCAGCGGCGGGAACGUACAACCUUCACCCGGACGCAGCUGGACAUCCUGGAGUCUCUGUUCGCCAAAACGCGCUACCCAGACAUCUUCAUGAGAGAGGAGGUGGCGCUGAAAAUCAACCUGCCAGAGUCCAGAGUGCAGGUUUGGUUCAAGAACAGGCGAGCCAAGUGUCGGCAGCAGCAGCAGAGCAACAACAGCGCCAAGGUAAAACCAAUGAAGAAGAAGUCGUCUCCGACCAGGGAGAGCACUGGAUCCGAGAGCAGCGGCCAGUUCACUCCACCGGCCGUGUCCAGCUCUUCCUCCUCCACCUCUACCUCCUCCUCUUCCUCCUCCUCUGUCUCCUCUGGUCUUGGCGGUCCUGCUUUGAUCAGCACUUCUACCUCCGUCACCGCUCCGGUGUCGUCCAUCUGGAGCCCGGCGCCGAUCUCCCCGGCCCCGGCACCGGCCAACUUGCCCGACCCGGUCGCUCCAACCAGUGCAUCCUGCAUGCAGCGCUCCGCAACCUCCUCCUCGAACGGCGGAGCAGCUUCAUAUCCCGUAUCCUACAGCCAAACGGCGGCGGCGUACAGCCAGGGCUACCCGGCCUCGGCGUCGGGCUCCUACUUCAGCGGGGUGGAGUGUGGCUCCUACCUGGCACCCAUGCAUUCCCACCACCACCCACACCAGCUCAGCCCCAUGACUGGCUCCUCCAUGACUGGACACCCACACCACCAUAUUGGCCAGACAACGGGUCACCACCACCACCACCACCACCACCCGCCACAUCACCACCAGACGUACAGCGCGCCCGGCUUGGCCUUUAACUCCACAGACUGUCUGGAUUACAAGGAGCAGACUGCAGCUUCAGCCUGGAAGCUCAACUUCAACGCUACCGACUGUUUGGACUACAAAGACCAAGCCUCUUGGCGCUUCCAGGUUCUGUGACUUCUUUUGUCCCUUGCUUAGUAUAUUCAAAGACCUUCUUUUUGUUCGUUUUUGUAAAUUGAAGAUCCCGAAUCUAAUAGGAAAGACAUUUUUAAAGGGGCAGUGUUAUGAAAAAUUUAGGAUUUUUUUUUAGCUUUUCAUCAUGUUAUAAUCUUA